AUGCCGCCGCCCGGUCCCUCGCGCACCUCGCUCGCCAACGUCUUCCGCCGCGUACGCCAGUUCUUCGCGCCGGGCCACCCGCACGCCGACCAGUCCAUCCUCGCCGGUAACGUCACGCAGUGGAAGGCCGACAGCAUGAACGGCCUGUGGGAUGCCGGGGCGUGGCAAGGGGCGGACAGUGCGGUGCGCAGGAGGUUCUCGAGGGCCGUGCUGUGGCUCGAUCAGCAGCUGCAGGGGCAGGACGACCCGUCGAGGGUGAUCCAGACGGUGCGCAAGCUCACGAGCGUCGACCAACUCCCCAACCUCGACACUCUCAAAGCCUGGCUCGGUCCCGAAUCGGCCCACUACACGACCGCGCAAGGCUACCCUCUCCGGUUCUUCGUCGAGCCCGGCAGCGCCGAGGUGCUCUUCCACGAGGCGCCGGCCGGCACCGAGGCGCACUCGCUCGGGCGAGUGAGUCGAGGACCCGAGGCCGAGAUUGGGCGCAGGGCGGCGUGCGUGUACGGCGUCGACCGGGAGGAGUGGAGGAGGGAGCGGGCGCGGUGGGCCGAGUAG